AUGACGUAUCCUGAAAGUCUUCCCACCGAUGCCGUUGCUACACAAUGGUCAGCUCUGGCUUUUGGCCUCUAUCAGACGGGCUUCAUGCCGAGCAUGUCCCUAGUCACAGUGCCCGUUAUGCAGAAGACGAGUGUGAGCGCCGCACAGCUAUUAGGCCAAUUCAAGAGCUUCCACACUCACGGCCACUUCUACGGCCCAGCCUCAACGAUGGCCAUAAGCUUGCUGCACGCUUACACUGCCUGUCGGAAGGGCUGGACUGGAAGGCCAUGGCUUCUAUCAGCGGCCGCUGGAGCUCUGUCGAUCUCAGUGUGGCCCUUUACGAUUAUACUCAUGGAUCCAAUCAAUAGCCUGCUGUUUGAGUGGAAGGCAACGGCAGCUCAGAUAUCGCUUGAGCAAGUGCAGAACAAGCUCGCGCAAUGGGAGAUGUUGCACACCUCACGGUCAAUCCUAUUGCUGCUAGGAGCUUUGGCGGGAUAUCUGGCGCUGAGGCAGAAUCAAGGUCCUUCGCACAUCCGGCCGAAGUUGAAGCAGUAA